CUCACCCUCUCUAAAAAGUUUACCGUUCCGUCACUGGUGCACUUCACACCCCUCCUUCCUUCUUCUACUACUACCACUACUACUACUAUUACUAGCACCACCGAACGAACAGUACGGAACCAGAACAGAAUGGGGAGUAAUACACAAACAUGUAUAUAAUAUAUGUAUAUAUAUAUAUGUUAUAUAUGCACACAUACACACACAACGGCGCACUCGACAACAGAGUAGGACAGCUGAGCCACCACUGCCCCACCAGUUUUAUGUAAGAGACAUCUUGCACUGUGUCCACGAUACCUUCUGCGAAGGUUAAACCUACCACGGGCACACGAACGACUUCGAUACUUUACGUUAAAAUUACACACUACAACACUGCACUAAUCCUUAAUUUCAGCUAGCCUACCCCAUCGACGACAACAACAAAUAUGGCGAGCAAACCUCCUCCUGCGCCUCGCUGCUACGACUGCCGACUGACCGCCAGGUGGCGAUCGGAACGCCGCCCCAACGACCCCUACCACCGAUUCGUUCGGCUUCGCUUCGGGCGUUCUCGUGCGUCUUCGGAUAUUCUAUCGAUAUUUUCGCGGUUUUUACUUGAAAUAUGAAAUACCAGAAAGCUUUAACAUUAUAACUUUUCCGGUUAAGUUUAUUUACUUAAUUAUUGUUUAAUGUAAUAUUCAUUAAUUAAAAGUAUAAAUAAAAAUAUUGGUAAAAUAUAGAAUUAUAAUCCUAUGUCUAUGCAAAUAUAGAAAGUAUAGAAUUUGAAUAUCUUUCAUUGAGGUUAUAUCAUACCAUAUUUAUUUCAGUCAAAUUUAACACAACGUUCUUUAUUAAAUAUACAAAAUGUCAACUGAAGAAAAUUCCGUUGAUAUUAACAAUCCAGAUAAUAUCAUUAAAAUUUUAAUUGCAACUGAUAUUCACCUUGGUUUUGAAUAUAGUAAAAAAAGAGGUCAGGAAAUAGACGAUAGCUUCAUAACUUUUGAGGAAAUACUACAAUAUGGUAAAGAACAUGAAGUAGAUUUUGUACUUCUUGGUGGAGAUUUAUUUCAUGAUACUAAACCAUCACAAACUGCAAUAUUAAAAUGUAUGGAAUUAUUAAGAAAGUACUGUUUAGGUCCCAGAGAAAUCAAGAUUCAAUUCUUAAGCGAUCCUAAAGUUGUAUUUGGUCACUGUGCUCAUAAAACAGUGAAUUAUGAGGAUCCAAAUUUAAAUAUCAGUAUGCCAAUAUUCUCCAUUCAUGGGAAUCAUGAUGAUCCAAGCUUUGGUGCUGUUGGAUCAAUGGAUUUGUUAUCAGCAUCAGGUUUUGUAAAUUAUUUUGGGAAGUGGACUGAUCUUACUAAGGUAUCAAUUGAUCCCGUAGUUAUAAAAAAAGGUGAAACUCAUGUUGCACUUUAUGGUUUAAGUUACAUAAAUGAUCAAAGACUAUCUCGUUUGAUUAGAGAUCACAAGAUGGAUUUGCUGUGUCCAGCAGACAUACCAGAUUGUUAUAACAUAUUUGUUUUACAUCAAAAUCGUGUUGUACAUAAGGAGUAUGGCUACAUUCCAGAAUCACAACUGCCAAAUUGUCUUGAUUUUAUUUUGUGGGGUCAUGAACAUGAAUGUCGUAUUAUUCCAGAGCAAGUUCCAGAUGCUAAUUAUUAUAUUUGCCAACCUGGAAGUUCUAUCGCAACAUCUUUAUGCGACGGUGAAGCAAAACCUAAACAUGUCGGCAUUUUGAGUAUAAGUAAAAAGAAAUUCAAACUAAAACCAUUACCAUUGAAGACUGUCAGACCAUUUGUUUUUGAUAAUGUGAUCCUUAAAGAUCAUGAUAUAGAAAAAGAUUUGAGUCGACCAUUGGCUGUAUCCGUAUGCAAUUUUAUCGAUCGCUAUAUAGAAAAUGAAAUUAUACGAAAAGCUGCCCUGCAGCUAACAGGACAUCCUAAACAACCAAUCCAGCCUUUGAUUCGUUUAAGAAUAUUCUAUAGCAAUGAGGGAGAAAUAUUUGAUGGAAUGCAAUUGGCACAGAAAUAUUGUGAGCAAGUUGCUAAUCCCAUGGACAUGGUUUUGUUUCGUAAAGAAAGCAGUAUUAAUAAAAAAUCAAAAUCAAAUGUAUCAACUUUCAAUGAUGAUCUCGAAGAUAUGGCUCAAAUAUUUGAAUAUAAUGACGAUGUAGAUUGGAUUAAAUCUGUACAGGGAGGUAUAAAGAACCAUUUUAGUUUAGAACAAAAUAAAGAUAAAUUAACAGUAUUAUCAGUGAAUGGUCUAAAUGAAGCAUUAAAUCGAUUCAUUGAUAGAGGAGAUACAGACGCUUUUAAAGAUAUAGUAAGUCAUCAGAUGAAGAAGACCAUAAGUUAUUUAGAAACUUGUAACGUCAAUGAUAGCGAAAGCAUUGUCAAAGAAAUAAAAAGUUUACGGGACAAGAGAAUGGAAAAAGAGGAAGAAGAACAAAUGGAGAUAGAUAAAUUCUUUAAUGAUUCAAAUAAGAAAACGGCUUCAAACAAUGCUUUGGAUAUAACUGACAGUGACGAGGAUAGUGAAAGAAAUACAGCAGCUAAAGGCAAAGGUACGAGAGGUAAAGCAGGUACUAAAGGUAGAGGCUCACGAGGAGGUGGUCGUGGCACAAAAAAAAGUUUACCGGCUGAAACUUCAUUAAAAGCUUGUAUGAGAACAGGUUUACAGAGAAUUAACAAGAAGAGAAAUGUCGAAAAUAUUGUUAUAGAUGAUUCUGAUUAAGAUAUAAAUAGUUUUAAGACUUUUUUAUACCCUGUAAUAAGAUUUAUAUUGAAAUAUAUUAUUCUAUUUUCUUUAAA